UCCCUUCACAUCCCUUUGGGCCUGUGUGUCGAUGGUCGCUUGUGCGAUGAGCUUUCUCAAAAGUUUCCCGCCGCCCGGCCAGGCUGAAGGGCUCCGGCAGCAGCAGGCAGACACCGAGGCGGUGCUGGAUGGAAAGAGCCUCGGGACGGGCACUCUGUACAUCGCCGAGAGCCGCCUGUCUUGGUUAGAUGGCUCUGGAUUAGGAUUCUCACUGGAAUACCCCACUAUUAGUUUACAUGCUGUGUCCAGGGACCUAAAUGCUUACCCGCAAGAACAUUUAUAUGUGAUGGUGAAUGCCAAAUUUGGAGAAGAAUCAAAAGAAUCUGUUGCUGAUGAAGAAGAAGCUAGUGAUGAUGAUGACGACGACGUUGAACCUAUUGCUGAGUUUAGAUUUGUGCCUAGUGAUAAAUCAGCAUUGGAAGCAAUGUUCACUGCAAUGUGUGAAUGCCAGGCUUUGCAUCCAGACCCUGAGGAUGAAGAUUCAGAUGAUUAUGACGGAGAAGAGUAUGAUGUGGAAGCACAUGAACAAGGGCAAGGAGACAUCCCUACAUUUUAUACCUAUGAAGAAGGAUUAUCCCAUUUAACAGCAGAAGGCCAAGCCACACUGGAGAGAUUAGAAGGAAUGCUUUCUCAGUCUGUGAGCAGCCAGUAUAACAUGGCAGGGGUCCGGACAGAAGAUUCAGUAAGAGAUUUUGAAGAUGGAAUGGAGGUAGAUACUACGCCUACAGUUGCUGGGCAGUUUGAAGAUGCAGAUGUUGAUCACUGAAAAU